CUGUCAACUGCAUUUUUUCCAGGAGGGGAGGCCCUGGUGUACCACCAGGGUGGGGUGGCCGGCUGGCUGAGUGAUUGUCGCCUCUUUAGGGCAUUAUCACAUAUAAGACAAAUAGGUAUAUUUUGUGAAGUGAGGCGUUUAAUUUGUUAGAGGUCGUUCUUGUUUGGGACUCUCUUUUCUUUUUAUUCGCAUCCACCAACAAAUUCAAUCUUGGUUUUGGUUUAACAGCUUCUCUACAAUCUGCCGGCCUAAGAUUUUUGCAUCAAGAAGUAUAAAACAACAAGGCACUUUCCAAAAACUGACCCAGCCAUGGAACAUGCAAAAAAAAUAGUAGUUUCCAAAUAGUUUGUCCUUAAAAUAGUUUACUCAGGCAGUGUUUAUUUUGCAAGCACAUCGCUACGCAAAUGUUUUCAAUCGUCCGAUUUUUUCUCGUGACCGUGUAAAGUAACGUUACCCUGAAAAAAAUCUAACGAAUCAAAAGUUUAAGAAGAAUUUCAACAUCGAAGAGAUUAAAUUCCCAACCGUAAUUUAUGUUUUUGUUCUGUCGAAAUAUCUCAAGAUAAUUUUUGUCACGUUUGUGGUGUUCGAUCGUUUAAUAUUUUAGCCGGAGGGUUUUUAACGAUUUCUGCUGUUUUGUGUGUUAUGUAAUCGUCGCUUAAUUUUUUUCGACGAUGCCAUUCGAAAAUUCUCACGACUGCUCUUGGGACUUAACUUAUUCAAAACGGGCUUUCUAUUUAACUGAAAAAAGUGGUUUUUUUUCUUCAAUGGAAGGAGAAUAGCUCAUUGUUCUUGUCACACAAUAACCUCCGAAAGAUGAUUUGAUAUGCUAAUGCCGUUUUUUGUAUUGAAAUCGUGUUUGCUAUAAAAGAUGUCAUUUUCGCCAAAGACUUUAAUGAUCCAGUUAUCCGCCAGACCCAGCCAAAUAAUCCUAAUUACUCCGAUCCGUUAGCUAACGAAGUUUGUGGAUGGUUUGAGUUUGGGAAAUGUGUUUCUUUGUCAAACUUGCCCUCCGGGUGACCUCUGUAAUAUAUGCUACCCCCCACUCAUCCGGGAACUUGCCUUAAAAGCUAUCUUCUGAUUGGCUGUCAGCAGGUAGUAACGUGGUGGCCAGUGAAAGCAUGAUAUUCGUGUUCGAGUUCAUCGCAAAACCUUUCGCUUAUUCAUCGAACAGGAAUUUUUGGUCGGCCUUUUUCCAUUCUUUGAGCUGUGUAGACUGCAGUUUCUGUAGAACGGCUUCAUUGACGGCGGCGAAUAGAGUAGUCAUCUUUAACAAUCCACCUUCGCUUCCAUGGCCCUUCAAGGAGGUUGUGUCGAAACGAUCGAAAAAAGGACAUGAAGAUGGACAUUUUGCAACGCACUGUGUAAAAUUGGAGACCGGUUCUGGCUCCAUCUCCGAUGACCCAUCAUGGCGGAUCCAUUUCUGGGAAUAUUCGAUGGCGUCAAUAACGGCUUGGAAGAUUUAGGUCUCGGCUCAACGCUCGGCACACAUGGAAGCCAAGGAGGACAACUGCAGGAAAGGCUGCAGCAUUCAGCGUCUUUUCCAGGAUAUCAAUCGCAGUCGCCGUCGAACACAAAUCAAACAAAGCUUCAACAUUUCGAUGAUCGAUCUUCAGGCUCUCCGUUCUUACCGCCCUCGCAGAAACUCCAGCAUUUUAACGAUCCGUUACUAUCGUCAUCGCCGCAACGAUUUCACUCUAUUCAGUCGUCCUCACAACAACAGUUUUCCGAAUUUCGUUCACCAUCACAGAUAAACAUGUGUUGGCCUCGUGGCCAACCGUUACGAAGCUCCCCUAAUUAUAGUGGAUUCUCACAGGGAUCUGAACAAUCGCCAUUUCGACAGCCAUUUGGCUACGGGUUUCCGCGAUCGUCUUCUCCAAGGCUUCAGCAUUUCGCCAAUCAAUCGCCAAUGAAUUCCUCUCCAGAUCGUUUUCCCACUGGGCCUUCACAGUCUCCUAGACUUCAGCACCAGAGCCAGUCACCUUCACUUCCUUACUCCGGCUCUUCUCCCAAAGGUACAAGCCCUAAGACUGUGGAGCCGAAUCAACAACAGAAACAAAAGCAAAUCAGUCCACAGCAAGCACUGUACAAACAUCUGCAAGGUUCAGAAGGGAGCCAGCAGCAAAUAGAGCUGGGGGGACAAAGUCGACUACAACACUUAGUAUCUAGUAAUGCAGGUGACAUUGAUCAAAGCAAACCUUCACUUUCAGGUGCAGGGGAUGGAAAUUUUCCUUAUAAUCCUUUUCAAAGUGGGUCUCGACCACCCAUGGCUAUGAGUCAGAAUUCGCCCCAGUCCAGUUACAAUUCGCAACAAUUUCAAAAUUCACAAUAUGCUGCUUUCAAUGGUGGAAUUGCAGGUGGAGUUGACCAGGACAUGUUUACCCCAGGAAACCAGCAUAAUUUGGCAACUUCUCAACAGCCUGGAUAUCCAUUCACCAACUUGCAGAUGUCAGACCCUCAAGACCUGAUGCAGGUCAAGACAUCAGCAAUCUUGCUUCAAAUGCAGCGAAUCCAGCAGCAGAUCCAGCAAGUGCGGGAAAUGGGACAGCCAUCUCAAAUGCAACAGUUGCAAUUUCAAUUUCAGCGGCUUUAUCAAAUCUAUGCAAUGCAACAACAACAAAGGGUACAGCCAAACUUUCAACCUCAGAACUAUGAUCAAAUGAGGUUUAUACAACAGCAAAGGCAGCAGGAGAAAGCCAAUAGAAUUGCUGUAGAAGCCAUGGCUAAAGCAGCAUUGCAUAACAGUGAUGGCAUGCCCAUGAUGCCAGGGUUUCCACCAAUGUCAUCAGGCCAGCGAGUGAUGGGAAAUCCAACAGCAGUGAACACUGGAAUGAUGGAUUUGACUAGGCACCCUAUGCCAGCUGACCCUAUUAGUCUGGGCCCUUCUAUAGUUCAAAAACCAGCACCAGUACGGAGCUCACAGACUUCAAGGCCACCAGCAACUGUGUUGGCAAAACCAACCCCUGUGCGGAGCAGGAAAGAUUCAUCUGAUGCUGAACCUUCACCACCAAAUUCUCCAAGCUAUUUUGAAGAGGAUCAUGUUUCCAGUAUCACUCGACGAUCUCUCAGAGAACGCAAGAAGAAGACCUACAAGGACGACUUUGACUACAACUUGUCUGACGAGGAAGGGGAGAAGGAGCCUGCUGAAGGUGGCGUGCAGGCAGCAUACCCAGGUGACAGUGCUGGUCAAGGCUAUAUACCAGUGGGACCUGAAGUUGAAGAGACAACAACAGUUGAGAAAAUAUUGGCCAUGAGAACAAAACAGGAUGAAGAACUUGGAAAUUAUGAGGAAUUCUUGGUCAAGUUUAAGAACUACUCUUAUCUUCACUGUGAAUGGGCAACCGCAGACAAAUUGGCUAGAGGAGACAAGAGAAUACACAUGAAAAUCAAACGAUACAAAGCCAAACAGCAAAACACCAUGGCCUUUUUCAGUGAGCUUGACGAAGAGCCCUUUAAUCCUGAUUAUGUUGAAGUAGACCGUGUAUUAGAUAUGUCUACUGGAGUUGAUCAAAAUUCUGGUGAGCCAAUCACACACUACCUUGUGAAAUGGUGUUCACAGCCUUAUGAGGAAAGCACUUGGGAAAUUGAGGCUGAUGUGGACGAAGCUAAAAUCAAACAGUUUCAAAAGCUUAAGGAACUCCCACCAAUGCAACUAAGACAAUUUCGUCCCCGCCCAUACCCUCACGAAUGGUGUAAAAUGGACACAACACCAGUGUACAAGGAUGGUAAUACAUUGCGUGAUUAUCAACUAGAAGGUGUAAACUGGCUUACCUUUUGCUGGUGUAACAGGCAAAACUCCAUUCUAGCUGAUGAAAUGGGUCUUGGUAAAACUAUCCAGUCGAUCUCAUUUCUUAUUGAAAUGCAGCGGUAUGGUGUCAGGGGGCCAUUUCUUGUGAUAGCACCACUCUCUACCAUUUCUAACUGGCAAAGGGAAUUUGAGACUUGGAGUGACAUAAAUGCUGUUGUCUAUCAUGGAAGUGCAUCAAGCCGUCACUUGAUUCAGGAGUAUGAAUUUUACUUCAGAGAUGAAAAUGGCCAACCCUAUUCUGGAUUGUUUAAGUUUGAAGCAAUGAUUACAACAUAUGAAAUAAUCAUAGCUGACAACAUGCAAUUGAGCGCAGUGCCCUGGAGAUGUGUGGUAAUUGAUGAGGCUCAUCGCUUAAAGAAUCGCAACUGCAAACUACUGGAGGGCCUCAACAACCUGAGCAUGGAACAUCGAAUACUGUUGACAGGAACCCCACUGCAGAACAAUGUAGAUGAGCUGUUCAGUCUUCUGAAUUUCCUAGAACCAGCUCAGUUUCCCUCUCAAGUGGCUUUCCUUAUGGAGUUUGGUGACCUGAAGACGGAGGCUCAAGUCGAGAAACUGAAACAGCUUUUGAAACCAAUGAUGUUGAGACGACUUAAGGAAGAUGUUGAGAAAAACAUUGCUCCCAAAGAAGAAACUAUCAUAGAGGUUGAACUUACCACCAUCCAGAAAAAGCUGUACAGAGCCAUCCUGGAAAGAAACUUUGCCUUCCUAAGUAAGGGAGUGUCAUCCAGUGCAAAUGUACCAAAUUUGAUGAACACCAUGAUGGAACUCCGCAAAUGCUGUAAUCAUCCUUUCUUGAUCAAUGGUGCUGAGGACAAAGUGCUUUCAGAGCAUAACUUGUCACUGGUUGAAAAGACAGCCAAACACGCUAACAUCAUGAUUGAAGCCUCAGGAAAGCUUGUCCUUAUUCACAAACUUUUACCCAAACUGAAAUCCAGUGGACACAAAGUCCUUAUUUUCUCACAAAUGGUUCGUUGUCUUGACAUUCUGGAAGACUACCUUGUUCACAUGAGAUAUCCAUAUGAGAGGAUAGAUGGACGUGUCAGAGGAAAUCUCCGACAGGCAGCUAUUGACAGGUUCAGCAAACCCGACUCAGAUCGCUUCGUCUUCUUGUUGUGCACACGAGCUGGAGGGUUAGGAAUUAAUUUGACAGCUGCAGACACUGUUAUCAUUUUCGAUUCAGACUGGAAUCCUCAGAAUGACAUUCAAGCUCAGGCAAGGUGUCAUCGAAUUGGACAGAGCCGGUCUGUCAAGGUGUACAGGCUCAUCACUAGGAAUUCUUAUGAGCGUGAAAUGUUUGACAGGGCAAGCAUGAAGCUAGGCUUGGACAAGGCUGUGCUGCAAUCCAUGAAUACCAAGGAGAAUGCAAGUAACAAUCAAUCACUGUCCAAGAGAGAGAUUGAAGACUUGCUAAGAAAGGGUGCCUAUGGUGCGAUCAUGGAAGAAGAAAAUGAUGACAGUUCAAACAGAUUUUGUGAAGAAGACAUUGAUCAGAUUCUUGAGCGUCGCACACAGGUCGUCGUACUGGAGUCUCAGGGCAAGGGAUCAACUUUUGCGAAGGCAAGCUUUGUGUCAUCCAAAGGUGAAGAGGAAAUUGAUAUUGAUGACCCUGACUUCUGGCAGAAAUGGGCCAAAAAAGCUGAAUUGGAUGUUGAUCUCAUGAACAAGGAUAAUCGCAUCAUUGAUGCCCCACGACAAAGGAAACAAACUAAGAGAUAUGGCAAUGAGGAUGGGGAUUUUGAACUGUCAGACUUGGACCUUGAAGAAGAUGAUGAAGCACCUUUGCCACGGAGAUCAUCUUGGACCAGAGUGGAAUGUUUCCGAGUGGAAAAGAACCUGCUCAUUUAUGGCUGGGGACAGUGGAAAGAUGUGAUUGCUUCUGGAAGAUUCAAGACCAAGGUCUCAGAAAGAGAUGUUGAAGCAAUUUCCCGCACCAUACUGGUCUAUUGUCUCCACCACUACAAAGGGGAUGAGAAAGUAAAGGGUUUUAUUCGAGAUCUCAUCAAGGCUUCUGCCACCAGAGAAAGACUACCCAGUGAGGAAAGAGAUGCCACUUACACUCCUUUACCAGCAACAGGCAAGACCAAGACAAGAAACAAGAAGGGCAAGACUACAAACAAGAACAAGAGUGCCAUUGCUCUUCUUGAAGUCAGUAGUGAGUGGCGAACAUGUGAUCCAGAGACUCUUAUAUUAGAUGAAGGGUACAAGAAGCAUUUACAACACCACUGCAACAAGAUUCUCUUGCGUGUCAAACUGCUUUACUUUCUGAGACAUGAAGUGAUUGGAAAACUUGGACCCAAGAUAAAGGAGGGAUGCAAUGCAAGUGAUUUGGACAUAGUCAUCUACCCUCCUGAAGGAGACCCCCCAGCCACCUGGUGGGAUGAGGAAUGUGAUAAAUCACUUUUGGUUGGGGUCUACAAGUAUGGUUAUGAGCAUUACAAGACAAUGCGAGCAGAUCCCAGCUUGUGUUUCCUGUCAAAAGUUGGUCUUCCAAGCAAUAUUGCUGGGGAAGCCACUGACCCAGAUGAUAGAUACGAUGAUGAUGCUAAUGAUGAUCCAGACUAUCAACAACCAGCCAGUAUGUCCCAGAAAGACGAGGACAUGGAUGACGAAGACGAUAAGGACACUGUGUCUGCUGUAUCUUCGCCUGGUACACCUCGGAAAUCAGACAAGAGUUAUGAAGCAGUGGGAGGGGAAGCAAGGGGCACAUCAAGUCUAAGGUGGCCUACACCAUCAGAUUUGAACACAAGGCUCCGAAGAAUCAUUGCUGGGUAUCAAAGAGUAGUGAAGAAACAGGAACUAAAGAAAGCAGCUGCAGAAAAGGAAAGAGAAAGAAAGGAGAGGUUUGAAGAAGCAGUCAGACAGAAAGAACUGAAGAAAGCAGAAAUGGCCCAAAAGUGGUCCAAGCGUGAAGAAGUGGAUUUCUACCGCACAGUCUCCACUUUUGGUGUGGAGUACAAUAAGAAAGACGGUACCUACGACUGGUCACGAUUCAGACGCCUAGCACGACUGGACAAGAAGAAUGACGAGAGAUUGACUGCAUACUAUAUUGACUUCAUGGCCAUGUGUAGGAGAGUUUGUGGCCAAGCCACUGAAGAUGAUGCAGGACGAGGUACAAGUGUGGAAGCUAUUUCAGAGGAACGAGCCAGUAGAAGUCUUUACAGGAUACAGCUGUUAUCAAAGAUUCGAGAAGAGGUUUUACCUCAUGAGAAGUUGGAUGAGCGCCUUCAACUGGCCCAGCCAUCUCCCAGCUUUCCUGACUGGUGGCAGUGUGGGAAGCACGACAAGGACUUGCUUAUUGGUGUGACCAAACAUGGCAUCAGCAGAACAGAUUUCAAUCUUCUUAGUGAUCCUGAGCUUUCAUUUCUGGAAGUUAUAUCAAAGAUGCCAUCAAAUCCUGGAAGCACACUCAUGAAUAAAGCUCUUGGCGACGAAAAGAUGUCCUCUCCUGCGGGAAGUAUCAAGACAGAAUCAUCAGUUCCAUUUGAUGGCUUCUCCCCUCUGAACAAUGAUCAUGAAGAUAGACAAGGAGAAGAAGCCAUCAAAAGUUUUUCUCAGCAACUACCCAACAUGGAUAAGGUGCCAGAAGUCGAUGGCCCAGCUUCACCAUCACUAGGUGAACGGACAACAACAGUACCAUCCGCCACACCAGUGGCACCAACCUUGACAUCAGUGAAAACAGAGGUACAAACUCCAUUGAGUGAGACAUACAGAUCUGGAUCUCCAGGUGCUGAUAUGGUCCCUCCCGCUCAGGAUCAGAGUAUUGUUAAAGAAGACACUGGUCUAGGUGCAGCAGGAGCAGCUGCGGACCCCAAGACUGAGGAUAUGGAAGAUACCAGUAGGCACAGCACUCCCAUUCCUGCUCACCUCAAUCCAGCGAUGAACCAAGAUGAGGACUCGCAACUGAGCUUCAACCAGGAGAGCCAGUCAAGUGAGGCUUCCAUUUUCUCUGUGAGGUGGCCCAAGGACAAAGUUGUCAUCCAACGUUUGGAUCAACUCUGUGAGUGUGUAUUGAAGGGAGAAUGGCCAAUUGUAAGCAAGGUGGCAGAUGCCUUACUUCAGAAUCAGCUGGCAGCCAAUUCGCCAUUAUCUGGAGGCUAUCCAGGUCUUGGAGAUGUUGAUAUGGGUUCAUUACCACCUGGCUUUGCUGUUGGCGAAGAUGGACAACCUGAGGAUCCGUCCAAGGCCUUUAAACUCAAAAGGCUUGAUGGUUUAAAGCUUACUUUCAAGAAGAACAGACGGAAGAGAAAGAAAGAUGCAGAGAUGGGUGAAGGUCUUGCAGAAGAUGGAGGGUCAGUUCACAAAGAACCAGGUCACCGAAAAAUGCUUGCCCGAGUUGAUGGAGAAUGGAAUGAAGCCAUGAUGAACAUGGAAGUACCAGGUCAUGACUUCAGAUGGGAUCCUGCCAUGGGCAUGAAACCUCCGAGGAAGAAGAGAGUGUCGAAAAAAGAAAAAGGCGAAAAGCCCGAAAAGCCACCUUCUGGGAAGAAGCGAGGGAGGAAACCUAAAACCGAUAAGCUCGGAUCUGCGGGCAGAUUGGCUGACACUGGUGGUGCAGUGGUUCCAUCUGAUGGGGCUGCCCUGGAAUGGACUGGCUUUUCUCUUCCAAAUAGAAUGGAGGGAGGUGUGAAUCAGGUGCCUGUGAUAGAAGAAGUGUCUGCUGGUCAUGCGAGAGCUGUCCUUGCAAAGUCACCCCAUGAAAGUGGAACAAAUCCUGCUUUUCCAGCUUUUUCAGAUGAAUUCAAGAAUUCAAGAAUGGAAGGGGAGUCACGUGGCACAAGUGGACAAGAGGAACAUGUUGCCGUUAUUGAUAGAGAAACGGGAAGAAAGUUGGUAGGAAAUGUAGCACCAACGCUUUCUAAUCUUGUGGACUGGCUCCAGCAAAACAGCAGUUAUGAUGUCGCUGAAGAGUCUACAGCAUUUGUCCGUAGCAAGGGUAUUUUACCCCCUUCCCUGGUGAGCAGACUGUCUCACGGUGCAAAACAGUCGAAUCCUACCACGCCCACAGCUGCUGGACCACAAACUUCACACCAUUUAUACGGAUCGUACAAUGAGAUGAAUUAUGGUACUGCGGUGUCUAAGUCUCAGUUUGAUUCAUCAUCACUCUCGACGUCAUUGACAUCAACCGCUACCUCCAGCACUCACAGUGAACCCACCCGGGCUUCGUUCUCAUAUGACUCGUCCCAGUUUGGGAAUUUUCCGCAUGCCAUGCCUUUUGGCCCAUUUGGUCACAUGCCUUAUUACGCGUCGUAUGGAAUGGGCAUGCCAGCAAAUUCCCAGGGAACCACUUCGUUCGGCGAGAAUGCUUCGUCAAAACCGGCACAAUCACCAGUCAGCCCUAACCCGUCCGCUUCACAGGUCAUGUUCAAUAACUCUUAUUCGUCACUGUAUGCGGGACAGCAGCCUGAGAAUGGACUGCAGGGUUACGCACCUGCUAUGGCAUCAAAUGCUUUUUCGUUUCCACUUUUGAACAAUGGUAAUCUUGCGUCGUCGCCCCUGUCGUCUAAAGGCGAUUUCUUACCAGACAGCGCAAGCCAUGGUUCUUCGAGUAUUGGGAGUGAUAUUUCAUCGCAAGGCAGUCCAGACAAUGAUUGCUGAUGGCAAGAUACUUGAGUAGCUCUUGCCAGCAGUUUAACAUAUUCAAAGGCUAAGCCAAUGGUUAGAUAAUAGAGAUUGAAAGCCUAACCUUAAUAUUGACUUAAGCUAUUUCUUAAAUUUGCUUAAAAUACUAGCGGUAGUAAAGGGGAAUGCAUUUAUAUCUUUAGUAAAGUGUCGGUAUAUGUAGUCACUAGUGGACGAUAGACAAAGCUCUCUUGCAUAAAUUCAGCUAAACAUUUGUUUUGUUUUUAAGCAUGGGCUGGUUUUGGAGCUUUUUACACUCGAAUAUUGUACGUGACUAUCGUUUGCUGUCAAAUAACUGCACUAAAAACCAAGAAAUUUGCGUUUAUGGCCAACUCGAUAGAGAGAAGCCGUCGAGAAUUGUUGAAUUCUGAAUCCAAAACUGAAACGGCUUCUCUUUUUUUUUUCGGAGAUCCUUCCUGAUGCAAUAUUUGCAGAAAUUAUUAUCUACCUUCAGUGCAUUCGCUUUUCUUUGCUUGUUUGUUUGUUUGUUUGUUUGUUUGUUUGUUUUUUGUUUUGGAUUCUUGGUCAAGAGAGGGCUUUCUAAUCCAUAUACUUAUUCUUAUAUACAUAUGCAUGAUUUAUAUAAAUAUAUAAUAUACAAACUUGCUACGCCUUUGGGCAUUGUACAUUGAAUCGACUUAGACAAUAAUUUUUAUAAUGACAAUCCUUUGUUCUAUAAAACCGGACAUCAGUUUAUUGGUCUCCUCGUCUACAGUGAAAGAAAAAAAUAAUCGAAGACUCGAAGAUUCUGCCAUUGGUGCAAAAAUUAAUAUAUUGCAGCAGACCUGCUAUUUAUUUUGUGAUCAGAAUAUUUGCACAAACUUCUAGACAACGUUUUGUACCUUUUUAUCGACACGUCUGCUCCUGGUAAACAUUCUGAAACAAUCAAUUCAAUUCAAUCAAGCUAUCAUUGAGGACAACAGAAACUUAUUUAUUAUUAUGAAUCUCCUCGAAGCUGCAUCAACCGUACUUAUAAUGUCUUACAAAUGCAGUAAAUAUCAGGUUAACCUUUUUGUCGCUGGGAAAAUGCACAGUCGUUCGUUUUCUUUUCGUUUUUUUUCUUUUUCUUGGGGUGCUCUCAGUGUUAAUUACUUACAGUUAUACAUUAGUGGGUGUGUGCCUCCAAUAUAUCAGGCUUUUUUUGUUUGCACCCCUUGCCGUCUUCUCUAGGAACAGGGUUUCAUUAUGUUAAUUAUACUUUGUAUAUAUGACUCCUGGGAGCUAUUGAUUUUUAGGCAGCUUCCUUCACGCUUCCCCAACUAAUAAGCCAACGUUUGAGGACGAAACUCUUUUUACAGAGGUGUCAUUGUGUAUCGCUUGGUUAAUCUCGAGGCGGUUUCAGUGUGGAGUGUAGAAUCGUUUCUGCUAGGAGAUUGAUUCAAGUGACAGCUUACAAAUGGGGGAAAUGUGUAAGAGGCGUAGAUUUACAAACUUCUUGUCUUCGUAUUGUGGCCUGUUACUAGUGUAGAAGGAGUUAGAUCUUAGGGGGAAUGUUUCUGGAGUCAGUACAUUGUAGGCCACUUUUCGCUAUGACUGUGUAUUUAUUCUUGUGAUAUGAAAUGAAUCUCGAAUUGACUGAGUUAAUUUUGAUAUAAACUUGUCUGUAUUUAAUGGACUGUAUUUAUUAAUUUGAAUGAAAAUUUUUACAAAUAUUUUUAAUAAAUCUCUGCUGCUCUGGUGUCUCUUAACGAGUCUUGGCUGAAGUCUUGUUUUCUUUUGUUUGUUUGUUUGUUUGGUGUUCUCGUUUUGAAGAUCUUCACAACGAUCACAUUAUAGGCUAUGUUCGAGUAGCCAUUUGCCUCUCUUUCAAAGCGAGUCCUCGGGCAAAACUUGUUACACGAAAAUAAGUUCGAUCUGCUUGAGAACGAACGUGCUGUUAUAAUGGUUUGGUUCGCGGACUCGUUUUCGCGCAGACAAAUGUACUACCGGACCUAUUACUAAAUGUCUUCCACAUCGAAUACUACCUAGACCUUCCAGAAUGACCGUGGAAGGGAAAUGGGUACGACUGCAAGUUCCUACAGAAAUUCGUUUUUCGUAUGGAAGAAUCAGAGUAUUCUGUUUUAGUUCAAGCAAUCGAAGGCAAAAUCAACUGUUUUCAACGCAUAUUCCAACCCAUGGUAAACAUGUCGCCCACAAUGGCUACGAGGCGAGCCGUUUUAGAUUGGUUUUAGAUUUGAUUUUAUUUGAUUGGUUUCACAAAAGCCAUAGUUCCAAAGACAUCAAAUUUUGAAGCGGAUUCAAACCUUGCAUACGUUAUUCCCUCACAUCUUUGGAACGAACCGGAGUAGACUGUAAAUUCAGAGAAAAUUUAUGGGUUUCGUUGAUGCACGUGAUGAAUUUGAUCACCCUAAAAAUGUAUCCCGAUCGAGAUCGUACCAAAGGAGACCAAAGGAGAGUUCAUUGAUUUUGUGAGGUCGGGCUGGAGGUUCGAACUCUAGUCUGAAUUUCGAAACGGCAUUUCGAGAGAGAUCGAGAGACGCGAUUUCUGUUUUACCUCUAUGACCAAAAAAUUGAGAUAUUAUUUCUCCCUUACCUGAAUACCAUGCCAAUAAAUUAAAGCUGUACCUGAAGUUAUUAAAUUGUCAUCGAAACCUUACUUCUAGUCAAACUAACCGGAGUGUUUAUCGGGGCAUUGCUAAUUAAGCUAACCAGGGCUUGAAGAAAUUCAACACUUAAAUUCGAAGCUCGAAACUUCAUCCCGUGCCCAUAAGAUAGGCAGCCGGUAGACCCCCCUAGAAGAACGCACCCCAUCGACCCAAGGUGUGCCGAAAAUUGCCCUGGUUUUGCUUUUAUUAAUUAUGUCAAUCAAUCAAUCAAUCAAUCAAUCAACCAAGUCGAGUUGUCAGGAGGUGUCACAGGCAGGAGACACCUUUUUUUUGUACAACUUGUCUUAUCUCGAAACGACGCAACAGAAGCACGAAACAUUGCCUUUGACAUCAGCGCCUUUACGGUGCGACUACUCCAACCAAGCCCACCCGACAAAAUUUUCUACCAAUUUAAUGGAUAAAAAUCGUGGAGGACCGUGGAGGUUAAGAACAAAUUAUCCAUGUAAUCAAGCU